AUGCCUCCUGCGUCCAGCACUGCUGUGAGUUGCUCAUUGAUGCAUGUCAGUCAGCAUGGGGAGCUGGGCCAAGAGAGAAUGUGACGCGGGACUACUCAUCUCGAAGCAGUCGUGCGUCCUCGAAGGACGAAGCAGUCCUUCAUGAUGUGUCUUGAUAGACCAGCUUCACCUUCGUAGACUUGCGUCACUACCAUUUGUUAAGACGCCGUUUCGCGUGCACUGGUCGGAUUCAUCGAGAGUCCUCGCGUCUGGCGUAGCAGCCCAGGACUCUACGACAAGAGCCGGGCCGGCGAAUAUGUUAGGCACCCAAUCCUGGGCAUCGCGCUCGCUUGAGCUCCUCUCCCGUCUCUGUUUGCUGACGGCCAUUGUCUCCAUUGCGUCCAGGGAGCGAGGCGCGUACCUGCCGGCGAGCCUGCUGCUACUCGUACGACGCGUCUGAGGGCGAAGAACGCGACUGGAUCGUCGGCUGCGGCGGGAGGAGAAGUCGGAAGCAGCAAAGUGGCUGGCAAGGCACCCAGCAAGACGGAUGGAGCUGCCAUCGGCGCUACCAAUGUUGCAGGUGCUAACGUGCUUGGAACGCGUAAACGCUCAGCCUUGGGUGAUGUGACCAACGCCAACGCUGCCAGGGCCAAGGCUUCGAGCAACGUGGCGGAUGGCAAGCAACGCGCAACCUCUUCCAACACUGGCCUCAAAGAGACGUCGACGGCUGCUGCCACCACGGCGCGGUCGAGGAGUGCGAUGGCCCCGACGACGUCCACUACAGCCCCUGCCAGGCCAGCCAGAGGUGCAUCGACCGCAGCUACCGGCGCUACGCGCGUUGCAGGCUCACGCGCAGGCUCGUCGAGGAUCGCAGCACCUUCAGGAAAUGCAACCCGAAAGACCACGGCGACGGACUCGAGAAAAGGAGACAGCGCCGCCGCAUCCAAUCAGGAUGCUACCGCACGUGCAGCCAAACGACCACGUGUUGAUGAGGUCUCCGCCGCCGCUGCGAAAGCUUCUGCCGAAGCUGCAGACGCUGGUUUACCCAUCACACACGCAGAUGAUAAGGAUGAAGGCUGGGAAGACCUCGAUGCUGAAGAUGUUGACGACCCUCUUAUGGUUGCCGAGUAUGUCAAUGAAAUCUUCGUGUAUAUGAAGCAGUUGGAGGUGAGUUGUACGUCGUCGACAUGGUCAUGCCGCGUUGCUAAUGCACGACAAACUUGACCCUGCACAGAUCAAUUGCAUGCCCAGCCCAGAUUACAUGGACUCACAGCGGGACUUGACUUGGAAGAUGCGCGGUGUCCUCGUCGACUGGCUCAUCGACGUGCACAAGAAGUUCCGGUUGUUGCCAGAGACUCUCUUCUUGGGCCUCAACAUCGUCGACAGAUUCUUGUCCAAACGUAUCAUCAACGUCAGCAAAUUGCAGUUGGUUGGGCUCACGGCCAUGUUCGUCGCCUCCAAGUACGAAGAGGUUCUGUGCCCCUCGGUCAGCAACUGGGUCUACAUCGCAGAAGGCGGCUACUCUGAGGAUGAAAUUCUUCGUGCUGAGCAAUACAUGCUGAAGAUUCUUGGAUUCAACCUCAGCUACGCCAACCCGAUGAACUUCCUGCGACGCAUCUCCAAGGCGGACAAUUACGACAUUCAAACGCGAACAGUGGCCAAGUACUUGUGAGUCAAAUCGAGCAUGGAUGCGAGAUCGCGAAGGUUGGGCGCUCAUGCCAUGUGUCAUCAUCACCUCGCCUUCAGCAUGGAAAUUUCUCUGGUCGACCACCGUCUCAUUGCAUCGCCACCGUCGCUCGUCGCGGCGGCGUCGGCGUGGCUCGCACGCAAGUGUCUGGACCGAGGUGACUGGACUCCAACGUUGGUACACUACUCGUCGUAUUCCGAGGCAGAGCUGUUGUCGACAGCGGAAGUGAUGCUCGACUACUGCUUGCGUCCGGUCAUUCAUCAAAGCCUCUUCAAGAAGUACGGCAGCUCCAAGUUCAUGAAGGCUUCUGUAUACGUCCGCAAUUGGGCCGUCGACUUCUUUGGUCUGUUCUACGACGAGGACGACGAGAUGAGCGAGAUCGACGAGAAUGACGACUUGCUGGUUGACUUGUUCGAGCACCAGGGGUACGCUCCUGCCGAAUCCGUUCUCCCACCAAGCACCUCGAGGAAGACGACGCCGCUGAUUACUCACUCUCGCGCGACGUCAGGCGCUACCCAGUCCGACGCUGCUGGUAGCGUGCUCAACGACAGCCAAAAGGCCAAUGGGAACACUGCAGCUGGUGCAGCUCACUCGCCACCUCAAGACGUAAGCGGCGACUUCAACCGACAAAAGGCUGAGGCGGCGGACACUGAUGAAAUGGCUGCUGAUGACAGUGCAGACCACCUUCAACAAUUGACUGGCCAGCGUGCUUAUUGA